AUGUUGAAUGUCUGUCUGACAGCUCGGACAUGUCAUGUGACCAUUCUGUCCUUCAUUGGUUUGUUGGAGUGUAUUAGCCAUGAUGACCAGUAGGUAGUCAUAUCGUCUUUGCAGAGCUAAAUUCUUCGAUAACAACUUUGGUAGUCAACAUGUAAUUACAGCAGAAUACCUAGCUACUAGCCAUACAGUAUUACAGGCUAAAGAGAAUGUGUUUUUAUUUUUACAUUAAAAAAAAAACAUUUUUAAUCAUUUAGCAGACGCUCUUAUCCAGAGCGACUUACAGUUAGUGAGUGCAUACAUUUUCAUACUCUCUGCAUGGCUACAGAAUACCAUAUAACUAACUACAUUACAGUAACUGUGCCUCAGGCUCUGAUCAGUAUUUCCCCUACCUCACUCUAUUUCCCAGGCUAAGGACCUAUGGUACAAGGUGAAACCUUGUGGCCGCCUGGUGAGGCCUGUGGCGCCCACACGCAUCCCCGGGCGCUACCUGACCCACCAGGAGGGCCUCCCCAAGCUCCCGGUGCCCUCCCUCCAGCAGACGUGCGAGCGCUACCUGGCCGUCCUGGAGCCCAUCGUGGAUGAGGAGGAGUUGAGCCACACCAAGCAGCUGUUGGCAGAGUUCCAGAAGUCUGGGGGGGUUGGGGAUAGGCUGCAGAAGGGCCUGGAGAUGAGGGCCCGCAAGACUGAGAACUGGGUGAGUUGGCUGAAAUCAAACCCUUACCCCAUGAUGGCAUUUAUAGAUUCAUAGGCAAAGCCAUCCAGAGGGCUAGGGGGACAAUUACCUAGGGAUUGGGGUUAGGCUACAGUUUCAUUUGAAAUGAGGAGUUAGACUGAGGAGGCAUAGGACAGACAAGAUUAGGGUCGUCUGGUGAUGGACAGUCUGUCUCUGUCAGUCAUUGUGGCAACCACGGUAAUGAUGGUGUCGCUGAAUGCACAUAACAUUAUGUACUCAAAGGUAGUACAGUAUUUUACUAUAUAACGAUAUUGAUGCACGGACCGGUUUGGGUUUUGCUUUACCUUCUAUAACAGUAUUUGAAUGUUUGUUAAAUAUGAUAUGCCGUGUGUAAAUUUUUUUAUAGUUUACUCCGCUACUUGAGUCAUCCCUCUCCAUGCUGCUUUCCACAAAGACCUAGCCCCGCCCCCUGUCACUCAAGGAGCGCAUUUGUUGUUGCUCGACCAUGAGACAAUGGUCAAUGCAGCACAUGCAGCAAUGUUGAUGACUAUGAUACUGUUUCCACUUUACUUCUUAUAAAUCCACAAGCAUUCUUCUACAGCUAGUUUGUCUUUUCUUAGCAUGUUGUGGCUAAGUCGUGUAAGCCGCUAAUUCUCAUCGCUAGUUAGAUGGCUAACUCAAGGUUUUGCUCGCCUGAGGUAGAGUAUCUCAUGAUAAGCUGUAGACCACACUAUUUACCAAUAUUUUUCGUAGCUGUCUAUUUACCACCGCAAACCGAUGCUGGCACUAAGAUUGCACUCAGUGAGCUGUAUAAGGCCAUAAGCAAACAGGAAAACGCUCAUCCAGAGGCAGCGCUCCUAGUGGCCGGGGACUUUAAUGCAGGGAAACUUAAAUCCGUUCUACCGCAUUUCUACCAGCAUGUUAAAUGUGCAACCAGAGGGAAAAAAACUCUAGACCACCUUUACUCCACACACAGAGACGCGUACAAAGCUCUCCCUCGCCCUCCAUUUGGCAAAUCUGACCAUAACUCUAUCCUCCUGAUUCCUGCUUAUAAGCGAAAAGUAAAGCAGGAAGCACCAGUGACUCGGUUAAUAAGGAAGUGGUCAGAUGACGCAGAUGCUAAGCUACAGGACUGUUUUGCUAGCACAGACUGGAAUAUGUUCCGGGAUUCUUCUGAUAGCAUUGAGGAGUACACCACAUCAGUCACUGGCUUCAUCAAUAAGUGCAUUGAUGAUGUCGUCCCCACAGUGACCGUGCGUACAUACCCCAACCAGAAGCCAUGGAUUACAGGCAACAUCCGCACUGAGCUAAAGGGUAGAGCUGCCACUUUCAAGGAGUGGGACUCUAACCUGGACGCUUAUAAGAAAUCCCGCUAUGCCCUCCGACGAACCAUCAAACAGGCAAAGAGUCAAUACAGGACUAAGAUUGAAUCGUACUACACCGGCUCUGACGCUCGUCGGAUGUGGCAGGGCUUGAAAACUAUUACAGUCUACAAAGGGAAGCACAGCCACGAGCUGCCCAGUGACACAAGCCUACCAGACGAGCUAAAUCACUUCUAUGCUCGCUUCGAGGCAAGCAACACUGAAGCAUGCAUGAUAGCAUCAGCUGUUCCGGACGACUAUGUGAUCACGCUCUCCGUGGCCGAUGUGAGUAUGACUUUUAAGCAGGUCAACAUUCACAAGGCCACAGGGCCAGACGGAUUACCAGGACGUGUACUCCGAGCAUUCGCUGGACCAACUGGCAAGUGUCUUCAGUGACAUUUUCAACAGUCUGUAAUACCAACAUGUUUCAAGCAGACCACCAUAGUCCCUGUGCCCAAGAACACUAAGAUAACCUGCCUAAAUGACUACCGACCCGUAGCACUCACGUCUUCCCACCUGGACAAGAGGAACACCUACGUGAGAAUGCUAUUCAUUGACUACAGCUCAGCAUUCAACACCAUAGUGCCCUCAAAGCUCAUCACUAAGCUAAGGAUCCUGGGACUAAACACCUCCCUCUGCAACUGGAUCCUGGACUUCCUGACGGGCCGCCCCCAGGUGGUAAGGGUAGGUAACAACACAUCUGCCACACUGAUCCUCAACACGGGGGCCCCUCAGGGGUGCGUGCUCAGUCCCCUCCUGUACUCUCUGUUCACCCAUGACUGCAUGGCCAGGCACGACUCCAACACCAUCAUUAAGUUUGCCGACGACACAACAGUGGUAGGCCUGAUCACCGACAACGAUGAGACAGCCUAUAGGGAGGAGGUCAGAGAUCUGGCCGUGUGGUGCCAGGACAACAACCUCUCCCUCAACGUGACCAAGACAAAGGAGAUGAUUGUGGACUACAGGAAAAAAAAGAGGACUGAGCACGCCCCCAUUCUCAUCGACGGGGCUGUAGUGGAACAGGUUGAGAGCUUCAAGUUCCUUGGUGUCCACAUCACCAACGAACUAUCAUGGUCCAAACACACCAAGACAGUCGUGAAGAGGGCACGACAAAGCCUAUUCCCCCUCAGGAGACUAAAAAGAUUUGGCAUGGGUCCUCAGAUCCUCAAAAAAUUCUACAGCUGCACCAUCGAGAGCAUCCUGACUGGUUGCAUCACCGCCUGGUAUGGCAACUGCUUGGCCUCUGACCGCAAGGCACUACAGAGGGUAGUGCGUACGGCCCAGUACAUCACAGGGGCAAAGCUCCCUGCCAUCCAGGACCUCUAUACCAGGCGGUGUCAGAGGAAGGCCCUCAAAAUUGUCAAAGACUCCAGUCACCCUAGUCAUAGACUGUUCUCUCUGCUACCGCACGGCAAGCGGUACCGGAGUGCCAAGUCUAGGUCCAAAAGACUUCUCAACAGCUUCUACCCCCAAGCCAUAAGACUCCUGAACAGCUAAUCAUGGCUACCCGGACUAUUUGCACUGCCCCCCCACCCCAUACUUUUUACGCUGCUGCUACUCUGUUAAGUAUUUAUGCAUAGUCACUUUAACUCUACCCACAUGUACAUAUUACCUCAACUACCUCAACUAGCCGGUGCCCCCGCACAUUGACUAUGCAACGGUACCCCCCUGUAUAUAUAGCCUCCCUACUGUCACUUUAUUCUAUUGUAUAUAUAGCCUCCCUACUGUCACUUUAUUUUUACUUCUGCUCUUUUUUUCUCAACACUUUUUUUGUUGUUGUUUUAUUCUUACUUUUUUUGUUUAAAAUAAAUGCACUGUUGGUUAAGGGCUGUAAGUAAGCAUUUCACUGUAAUGUCUGCACCUGUUGUAUUCGGCGCAUGUGACCAAUAAAAUUUGAUUUGAUUUGUAGCCAUGAGGUGCUUUGAAAGGCUGGUCAUGGCUCACAUUAACACCAUUAUCCCAGAAACCCUAGACCCACUCCAAUUUGCAUACCGCCCCAACAGAUCCACAGAUGAUGCAAUCUUUAUUGCACUCCACACUGCCCUUUCCCACCUGGACAAGAGGAUCACCUACGUGAGAAUGCUAUUCAUAGACUACAGCUCAGCAUUCAACACCAACAAACUAUUGUGGUCCAAACACACCAAGACAGUCGUGAAGAGGGCACGACAAAGCCUAUUCCCCAUCAGGAUACUGAAAAGAUUUGGCAUGGAUCCUCAGAUCCUCAAAAUGUUAUACAGCUGCACCAUCGAGAGCAUCCUGACUGGUUGCAUCACCGCCUGGUAUGGCAACUGCUCGGCCUCCGACCGCAAGGCACUACAGAGGGUAGUGCAUACGGCCCAGUACAUCACUGGAGCCAAGCUUCCUGCCAUCCAGGACCUCUAUACCAGGUGGUGUCAGAGGAAGGCCCUAAAAAUUGUCAAAGACUUCAGCCACCCUAGUCAUAGACUGUUCUCUCUGCUACCGCACGACAAGCGGUACCGGAGGGCCAAGUCUAGGUCCAAAAGGCUUCUUUACAGCUAAUCAUGGCUACCCGGACUAUUUGCAUUGCCCCACCCCAACCCCCUCUUUUACGCUGCUGCUACUCUGUUUAUUAUUUAUGCAUAGUCACUUUAACUCUACCCACAUGUACAUAUUACCUCAAUUACAUCGACUAACCGGUGCCCCCGCACAUUGACUCUGUACCGGUACCCCCUGUAUAUAGCCUCCCUACUGUUAUUUUAUUAUACUGCUGCUCUUUAAUUAUUUGCUAUUUUCAAUUUUUUACUUAACACAUUUGUUUUUCUUUUCUUAAACUGCAUUGUUGGUUAAGGGAUUGUAAGUAAGCAUUUCAGUGUAAGGUCUACACCUGUUGUAUUCGGCGCAUGUGGCAAAUAAAAUUUGAUUUGACUAGCUAGCUAAUAAAUGUACUGAGUCAGAGUGAACGUAGCUAGCUAUACAGCCUGAUUCCAGUGAUGGUGUAGGCCUAAAUCAGCAUCUUGUUUUCGCAACAGUAUCUUCUAAAUCAAAUAAGAAUACGCAAAGCAUGAAUAUGUUAGCUACAUGAAGUAGCUAAGAGAAAACAUUUAAUGUUGCCAAAGAUUAUAGGGUCCCCUGGGAAACACUGAUCAACACUUUGGUUCCUACCCUAUCACCACUCAUUCCUGGCAUUUUCAUUCAUUGUCAUGUCAAUCAACACUGUAUUCAAAGUGCCCACUAUUUUCUUCUAACUAUAGAAUUAGAAUAAUCGUUAUUUUUCCAUGAUUCCAACAGUUCACCCAAGUGUUUUGAUCUAAAUCGCAAGUCAAAUUGCAAUUAACAUUUGGUAAAAAAUAAGGCUUCAAUUUUUUUUCUUCCAUAUCGUGCAGCCCUACGUGGCAGUGUGGAAAUUAUCUCAAAUGAAUGCAGGAAAUGCCAACAUUUAUGAAAAAUUAUUUUUGAUUGAAGUUUAAUUGAACAGUAUAAAACAAUCAGAAUGGAGAGAGACCCAUUGAAAUAACUUAGAAUGUAUGUUUUACCACCCUAGGGUCACGCAUUACUCAAAAACAUAGAAUACCGUCAUAGCGUCAAAAAUAUACCGUGAUAUGAUAGUUUGGCCAUAUCGCCCAGCCCUACUCAAAGGCAAGGCUAGCGAUUUGGUGUCGUUGUACAAGUGGCCUGUGGUUAUAGUGUCAGAGACUGCUAUUCUUUGAAUAAAAUCGAAGGCCACUUUUAUCUAUGAUGAGAAACCUGUACCAUGGAUUAAUUCCACAAACUGAACAGAGAUACAUUGUUAUUACACAGGAACAUUCUUUAGACAAGACUAGAUUGGAAUAAAAACUUCUCAAGGGCAAAGUUGAGAAUGGUUCACUCUUAUUUUUUUAUAAGGCAUCCCUUUAUUUGACCAUUCUUUCUCUCUCUCUCUCUUUCAACCGCUCCCUCUCUCCCCAGCUGUCAGACUGGUGGCUGACUACAGCCUAUCUGGACUACCGGAUGCCUGUAGUGGUCCACUCUAGUCCCGGGGUGGUCUUACCCCGCCUGGAGUUCAGCGACCGCCAGGGACAGAUGAGGUGAGACGAACCAAGUCCCCCCCACAUAGACGCCAGUAGGGACCAACAUAACACUCAACUUUGUACAAAUUCCCCACCACCACCACUACAUCUUUACCAUUGGAAACACCUUUGUUACAGAAUGCUUGUAUGUACUGUAUGUAUCGGUAGUCACAAUCAAGCAAUUACUAUGUUAUGUGUGUAUGCUGUCCCUAGCUCUGCUUUAGGUAACUUACUGUCAUGUAAAUACAGUCCUCUCUUGCACUGCUGUCGUGUAUUACUGUUAGCAGUCAUUGCAAGUCAUUACUCCUGUGUAACAACCUUCACACUUUCUCUAACACCACCUCUACUCCCAUAUCACUUCAGUGUGUAUUUUCAUGUAACAGACAUGUCACCACGACACAAAACCGGGGCCCUGUGUCAUUCACCUGCUAAUGUGAACUCAAGCUGCCAUUCACCUUUCCAGUACAGUGUUGCCAAUUGGGUGACAUUCCACUAUGGGGUCAGUGUGCUCUGUGCUGCAUACGGUCCUGUUGAGAUUCAUACGACCUUUGUACACACUACCCUUCAGACUGCACCCCCCCCCCACCCCCUCUCUCUAUUCAAAGUGCAGUAGCGGAUCACUGAAGUAAGCACUGCAGCACAUGGGCCCCUAUUGGUUACAUGUAUAGAGGAUUAGGUGGUCUAUUGACAUGGGUUACAUGUAUAGAGGAUUAGGUGGUCUAUUACAUUUACAUUUACAUUUACGUCAUUUAGCAGACGCUCUUAUCCAGAGCGGCUUACAAAUAGUCUAUUGACAUGGGUUACAUGUAUAGAGGAUUAGGUGGUCUAUUGACAUGGGUUACAUGUAUAGAGGAUUAGGUGGUCUAUUGACAUGGGUUACAUGUAUAGAGGAUUAGGUGGUCUAUUGACAUGGGUACAUGUAUAGAGGAUUAGGUGGUCUAUUGACAUGGGUUACAUGUAUAGAGGAUUAGGUGGUCUAUUGACAUGGGUACAUGUAUAGAGGAUUAGGUGGUCUAUUGACAUGGGUUACAUGUAUAGAGGAUUAGGUGGUCUAUUGACAUGGGUUACAUGUAUAGAGGAUUAGGUGGUCUAUUGACAUGGGUUACAUGUAUAGAGGAUUAGGUGGUCUAUUGACAUGGGUUACAUGUAUAGAGGAUUAGGUGGUCUAUUGACAUGGGUUACAUGUAUAGAGGAUUAGGUGGUCAUUGUGGCAGAGAAAUGGCUUGUUAUCUGAGCUAAGACCAUGUUGUUUUCACCUCAUUGAUCACGCUAAUAAUCCCCUGUUGGUUUUUAUCAAAUGUAUUUGUAUUUUUUUAUGUAAUUUCUACUAGUUUAAAGGGUUUUAUCGGUUAUUAUAUCUCACUGCAAUUAUGUUGUGCACUGUUCAGAAUAUCACACCAUCAAUAUUUUUAUGAUUUAGUCCAGGCAUAGUCAUUGCUCGUCUUACUAGACGCAUGCGUCUCUCUGCAACUUAAUUGGUGGCUCGCGGCAAUAACCUGAAUGAAUGCGUUGUUUUACUCAGUCAGCUGAAUUUGCUGCAUAGUUCAUAGAACCAUGGUUACCUGAGUAACCUUUGACAUCUGUGGCUGGGACAAACGGAGCGGUAAAAGCAGUUUCUGGCGCAUCUUUAAAUGAUUUUCUUCCUACUAAUUCGGCUCUAGAUUUAGAACGGUUGAAGCUAGUACCAAAUAUGACCCCAUUACUGAAAGCUAGGAUUCUCAGGAACACGUACGCAUCUUCUGUUUGCGCAUAUGAGACAAGCUGUGCAGAACUCGUUAGAAUGGAGAGUGAUGAAUCUGCCCAGAAUAACUGAGGGAAAUGAAUUUAUUCUCCACAAACGAUCAUUCACAAAGAUUGCUUGAUGAUCAUCCCAGAUGUUUUUCUGAACUUUUCAAUACCUUUCUUACUUCAGACUAAAAUGUGUCAUUACCUGGUUUGACAUACCUUUGUGCUAUUAUUUUAUUAAGAUAAUAGCAAUAAGGUCAGAUUCAAAAGAUCCAUACAAUUAUUUUUGCACAUUGUUUCUUAUACCCUCAAGUGACCUAAAAUAGUGUUAGAGAAUCAAAUAGCUUGAUGUUAAUAGUAUCUUAAAAAUAAUGUAUGAAUCCAUUUGAUAUCAUGUAUGAAUCACUUUGACUUUGUGAACCCCCAACCCCCACUCCGAUGAAUAUGGCGGCUCGCCCAGUGAUUUUGUUUGACAAAAGUGGCUCCCUCAGAAAUGUUAGUUACUACCACUGAUUUACUCUAUCAUACUGUAUCAAUUUUGAAACCCAAUCCCUGCUUUCAAGGUGAUCUAAGUUAAUAGUAAACUUGAGAUGUUAGGUGAAGAUAUGGCAGGCGUACUCCAUAAAAUAACAUCAGUAUUAAAAAAAGACAAGCAAUUAAUUAUCCAUAGCAUUUUUAGAAGCACCCUUUACAUGUAUAUUUUGUACCCAUUCACUCAAAUACAUUGCCCUAACAUGGAACUUGUAAUAACAUCAUCUUGCUCAAAUCUCUCCACCCAGGUUUGCUGCCAAGCUGAUCGCUGGCGUUUUGGACUUCAAGACAAUGAUUGACAAGUGAGUGCCAGUGCUCCUCGUCUUGUGUCUGUCUGACACAGUUUAAUCAGAGCGCAAAAUCUAAUCCAAGGCCAUUAAAGAGCCAUGUCAAAUUGACUCAGAUUGUACCAGGAUCUGAUUUCCUGCCCCUAAUCCUGCUAACCCUGAUUAUAUUUAGCCAAACUGGCUAACCAGGAACUCUUAAUAUUUUUAUAUAUACAGUACCAGUCAAAAGUUUGGACACACCUACUCAUUCAAGAGAUUUAUUUUUACUGUUUUCUACAUUGUAGAAUAAUAGCAAAGACAUCAAACCUAUGAAAUAACACACAUGGAAUCAUGUAGUAACCAAUCUUUUUUUAAACAAAUCAAAAUAUAUUUUAGAUUCUUCAAAGUAGCCAACCUUUGCCUUGAUGACAGCUUUGCACACUCUUGGCAUUCUCUCAACCAGCUUCAUGAGGAAUGCUUUUCCAACAGUCUUGAAGGAGUUCACACAUAUGCUGAGAACUUGUUGGCUGCUUUUCCUUCACUCUGCCAUCCAACUCAUCCCAAACCAUCUCAAUUGGGUUGAGGUUGGGUGAUUUGUGGAGGCCAGGUCAUCUGAUGAAGCACUCCAUCACUCUCCUUGGUCAAAUAGCCCUUACACACCCUGGAGGUGUGUUUUGGGUCAUUGUCCUGUUGAAAACAAAUGAUAGUCCCACUAAGCGCAAACCAGAUGGGAUGGUGUAUCGCUGCUGAAUGCUGUGGUAGCCAUGCUGGUUAAGUGUGCCUUGAAUUCUAAAUAAAUCACUGACAGUGUCACCAGCAAAGCACCAUCACACCAACUCCUCCAUGCGUCACAGUGGGAACCGCACAUGUGGAGAUCAUCCGUUCACCUACUCUGGGUCUCACAAAGACACGCCGUUUGGAACCAAAAAUAUCAAAUUUGGACUCAUCAGACCAAAGGACAGAUUUCCACCGGUCUAAUGUCCAUUGCUCGUGUUUCUUGGCCCAAGCAAGUCUCUUCUUAUUGGUGUCCUUUAGUAGUGGUUUCUUUGCAGCAAGUCGACCAUGAAGGCCUGAUUCACGCAGUCUCCUCUGAACAGUUGAUGUUGAGAUGUGUCUGUUACUUGAAUUCCGUGAAGCAUUUAUUUGGGCUGCAAUCUGAGGUGCAGUUAACUCUAAUGAACUUAUCCUCUGCAGCAGAGGUAACUCUGGGUCUUCCAUUCCUGUGGCGGUCCACAUGAGAGCCAGUUUCAUCAUAGCUCUUGAUGGUUUUUGCGACUGCACUUGAAGAAACUAUCAAAGUUCUUUAAAUGUUCCGCAUUGACUGACCUACAUGUCUUAAAGUAACGAUGGACUGUCAUUUCUCUUUGCUUAUUUGAGCUGUUCUUGCCAUAAUAUGGACUUGGUCUUUUACCAAAUAGGGCUAUCUUCUGUAUGCCACCCCUACCUCGUCACAACACAACUGUUUGGCUCAAACGCAUUAAGAAGGAAAGAAAUUCCACAAAUUAACUUUUAACAAGGCACACCUGUUAAUUGAAAUGCAUUCCAGAUGACUACCUCAUGAAGCUGGUUGAGAGAAAGCCAAGCGUGUGCAAAGCUGUCAUCAAGGCAAAGGGUGGCUAUUUGAAGAAUCUCAAAUAUAAAAUAUAUUUUGAUUUGUUUAACACUUUUUUUGGUUACGAUUCCAUAUGUGUUAUUUGAACAAAUGUAUGCACUCACUAACUGUAAGUCGCUCUGGAUAUGAGCGUCUGCUAAAUGACUAAAAUGUAAAAUGUCAUAGUUUUGAUGUCUUCACUAUUAUUCUACAAUGUAAAAAUAAAGAAAAACCCUUGAAUGACUAGGUGUGUCCAAACUUUUGACAGGUACUGUAUGUGUGUGUGUGUAUAUAUAUAUAUAUAUAUAUAUACAGACAACGCACAAACACACAUUUUUGUUUAUAUAUAGUGAGGGAAAAAAGUAUUUGAUCCCCUGCUGAUUUUGUACGUUUGCCCACUGACAAAGAAAUUAUCAGUCUAUCAUUUUAAUGGGAGGUUUAUUUGAACAGUGAGAGACAGAAUAACAACAAAAAAAUCCAAUGUCAAAAAUGUUAUAAAUUGAUUUGCAUUUGAAUGAGGGAAAUAAGUAUUUGACCCCCUCUCAAUCAGAAAGAUUUCUGGCUCCCAUGUGUCUUUUAUACAGGUAACAAGCUGAGAUUAGGAGCACUCCCUUUAAGAGUGUGCUCCUAAUCUCAGCUUGUUACCUGUAUAAAAGACACCUGUCCACAGAAGCAAUCAAUCAAUCAGAUUCCAAACUCUCCACCAUGGCCAAGACCAAAGAGCUCUCCAAGGAUGUCAGGGACAAUAUUGUAGACCUAUACAAGGCUGGAAUUGGCUACAAGACCAUCGCCAAGCAGCUUGGUGAGAAGGUGACAACAGUUGGUGCGAUUAUUCGCAAAUGGAAGAAACGCAAAAUAACUGUCAAUCUCCCUCAGCCUGGGGCUCCAUGCAAGAUCUCACCUUGUGGAGUUGCAAUGAUCAUGAGAACGGUAAGGAAUCAGCCCAGAACUACACGGGAGGAUCUUGUCAAUGAUCUCAAGGCAGCUGGGACCAUAGUAACCAAGAAAACAAUUGGUAACACACUACGCCAUGAAGGACUGAAAUCCUGCAGCCUCCGCAAGGUCCCCCUGCUCAAGAAAGCACAUAUACAUGCCCGUCUGAAGUUUGCCAAUGAACAUCUGAAUGAUUCAGAGGAGAACUGGGUGAAAGUGUUUUGGUCAGAUGAGACCAAAAUGGAGCUCUUUGGCAUCAACUCAACUCGCUGUGUUUGGAGGAGGAGGAAUGCUGCCAAUGACCCCAAGAACACCAUCCCCACCGUCAAACAUGGAGGUGGAAACAUUAUGCUUUGGGGGUGUUUUUCUGCUAAGGGGACAGGACAACUUCACCGCAUCAAAGGGACGAUGGACAGGGCCAUGUACCGUCAAAUCUUGGGUGAGAAACUCCUUCCCUCAGCCAGGGCAUUGAAAAUGGGUCGUGGAUGGGUAUUCCAGCAUGACAAUGACCCAAAACACACGGCCAAGGCAACAAAGGAGUGGCUCAAGAAGAAGCACAUUAAGGUCCUGGAGUGGCCUAGCCAGUCUCCAGACCUUAAUCCCAUAGAAAAUCUGUGGAGGGAGCUGAAGGUUCGAGUUGCCAAACGUCAGCCUCGAAACCUUAAUGACUUGGAGAAGAUCUGCAAAGAGGAUUGGGACAAAAUCCCUCCUGAGAUGUGUGCAAACCUGGUGGCCAACUACAUGAAACGUCUGACCUCUGUGAUUGCCAACAAGGUUUUUUGCCACCAAGUACUAAGUCAUGUUUUGCAGAGGGCUCAAAUACUUAUUUCCCUCAUUAAAAUGCAAAUCAAUUCAUAACAUUUUUUACAUGCGUUUUUCUAGAUUUUUUUGUUGUUAUUCUGUCUCUCACUGUCAAACUACCAUUUAAAAUUAUAGACUGAUCAUUUCUUUGUCAGUGGGCAAACGUACAAAAUCAGCAGGGGAUCAAAUAAUUUUUUCCCUCACUGUACAUACAUACAUACAUACAUACAUACAUACAUACAUACAUACAUACAUACAUACAUACAUACAUACAUACAUACAUACAUACAUACAUACAUGCAUGCAUGGGUGGUCCUCUGUAGCUCAAUUGGUAGAGCAUGGCGCUUGUAACGCCAGGGUAGUGGGUUCGAUCCCCGGGACCACCCAUACGUAAAAAUGUAUGCACGCAUGACUGUAAGUCGCUUUGGAUAAAAGCGUCUGCUAAAUGGCAUAUUAUUUACAUACAUACACAGUGCCUUCAGAAAGUAUUCAGACCCCUUGACUUUUUCCACAUUUUGUUACAUUACAGCCUUAUUCUAAAAUUGAUUCCAAAUAUAUAUUUUUUUAGAAAAAUGUGCUAAUUUAUAAUUUAAAAAACCCUGAAAUAUUACAUUUACAUAAGUAUUCAGACCCUUUACUCAGUACUUUGUUGAAGCACCUUUGGCAGCGACUACAGCCUUGAGUCUUCUUGGGUAUGACGCUACAAGCUUGACACACGUGUAUUUGGGGAGUUUCUCCCAUUCUUCUCUGCAGAUCCUUUCAAGCUCUGUCAGGUUGGAUGGGGAUUGUUGCUGCACAGCUAUUUUCAGGUCCAGGCUCUGGCUGGGCCACUCAAGGACAUUGCGACUUGUCCCGAAGCCACACCUGCGUUGUCUUGGCUGUGUGCUUAGGGUUGUUGACCUUUUGGAAGGUGAACCUUCGCCCCAGUCUGAGGUCCUGAGCGCUCUGGAGCAGGUUUUCAUCAAGGAUCUCUCUGUACUUUGCUCCGUUCAUCUUUGCCUCGAUCCUGACUAGUCUCCCAGUCCCUGCCGCUGAAAAACAUCCCCACAGCAUGAUGCUGCCACCACCAUGCUUCACCGUAGGGAUGGUGCCAGGUUUCCUCUAGACGUGACACUUGGCAUUCAGGCCAAAGAGUUAAAUCUUGGUUUCAUCAGACCAGAGAAUCUUGUUUCUCAUGGUCUGAGAGUCUUUAGGCUUUGCCUUUUGGCAAACUCCAAGCGGGCUGUCAUGUGCCUUUUACUGAGGAGUGGCUUCCGUCUGGCCACUCUACCAUAAAGGCCUGAUUGGUGGAGUGCUGCAGAGAUGGUUGUCCUUCUGUAAAGUUCUCCCAUCUCCACAGAGGAACUCUAGAGCUCUGUCAGAGUGACCAUCGGGUUCUUGGUCACCUCCCUGACCAAAGCCCUUCUCCCCCGAUUGUUCAGUUUGGCCGGGCAGCCAGCUCUAGGAAGAGUCUUGGUGGUUCCAAACUUCUUCCAUUUAAGAAUGAUGUAGGGCACUGUGUUCUUGGGGAUCUUCAAUGCUGAAGAAAUGUUUCGGUAGCUUGGUUUUUGCUGUGACAUGCUCUUUCAACUGUGGGACCUUAUAUAGACAGGUGUGUGCCUUUCCAAAUCAUGUCCAAGCAAUUGAAUUUACCACAAGUGGACUCCAAUCAAGUUGUAGAAACAUCUAAAGGAUGAUGAAUGGAAACAGGAUGCACCUGAGAUCAAUUUCGAGUCUCAUAGCAAAGGGUCUGAAUACUUAUGUAAAUAAGGUAUUUCUGUUUUCUAUUUUUAAUAGAUUUUGUAAAAUUUCUAAAAACCUGUUUUCACUUUGUCAUUAUGGGGUAUUGAGUGUAGAUUGCUAUGGAUAAAAAAUAUUUCAAUUUUAGAAUAAGGCUGUAUCGUAACAAAAUUUGGAAAAAGUCAAGGGGUUUGAAUACUUUCCAAAGGCACUGUGUAUAAUGUAUGACAGCAAUCCAAGCUUUGGUUUUGUUUAGCUGGCCAGUGUUUCAAAUUUCAACUUUUUAGCAUUUGUGGCUCAAAUCCAAUGCAAGUCAAUUGCACCUAUAUUAGCAUUUUCACACUUGUCCAAAUCAUUUUAAAGUAUCUAAAAUUGAUUGUGUAGCUCAAUGAAGUUACUUAUAGAUGAUUUGGACAGGAAGCAUGAAAAUGCUAAAAUAAAUACCAUUGACUUACAUUGAAUUUGUGCCACAAAUGCUAAAAAGUUAGCGUUUGAAAGUUAGCAUUGAUAGUGCCUAUACACAGAGUAUACAAAACAUUAAGACCACCUGCUCUUUCCAUGACAGACUGACCAGGUGAAAGCUGUGAUCACUUAUUGAUGUCACUUGUUAAAUCCAUUACAUUCAGUCUAGAUGAAGGGGAGGAGACAGGUUAAGGAAGGAUUUUUAAGCCUUGAGACAAUUGAGACAUGGAUUGUGUAUGUGUGCCGUUCAGAGGGUGAAUGGGCAAGACAAAAUAUUAUGCCUCUGAACGGGGUAUGGUAGUAGGUGCCAGGCGCACCGGUCUGUGUCAAGAACUGAAAUGCUGCAACGCUCAACAGUUUCCCGUGUGUAUCAAUAAAGGUCCACCAACCAAAGGACAUCCAGCCAACUUGACACAACUGUGGGAAGCAUUGGAGUAAGCAUGGGCCAGCAUCCCUGUGGAACGCUUUCGACACCUUGUAGGGUCCAUGCCACGAUGAAUUGAGGCUGUUCUGAGGGCAAAAGGAGGGGUGCAACUCAAUAUUAGGAAGGUGUCUAUAAAACAGUGCAGAUGAAUCAGAUCUUUUUUUUUUUUUUUUACGUAUCUGUAUAGUCUUUAAGUAUAUUUGGUUAUACUUUUCUUAACCUCUCAUGAGGACUAUAUACAGACAACGCACAAACACACAUUUUUGUUUAUAUACAGUGAGGGAAAAAAGUAUUUGAUCCCCUGCUGAUUUUGUACGUUUGCCCACUGACAAAGACAUGAUCAGCCUAUAAUUUUAAUGGUAGGUUUAUUUGAACAGUGAGAGACAGAAUAACAACCAAAAAAUCCAGAAAAACGCAUGUCAAAAAUGUUAUAAAUUGAUUUGCAUUUUAAUGAGGGAAAUAAGUAUUUGACCCCUCAAAAAACAUGACUUAGUACUUGGCAAAACCCUUGUUGGCAAUCACAGAGGUCAAACGUUUCUUGUAGUUGGCCACCAGGUUUGCACACAUCUCAGGAGGGAUUUUGUCCCAGUCCUCUUUGCAGAUCUUCUCCAAGUCAUUAAGGUUUCGAGGCUGACGUUUGGCAACUCGAACCUUCAGCUCCCUCCACAGAUUUUCUAUAGGAUUAAGGUCUGGAGACUGGCUAGGCCACUCCAGGACCUUAAUGUGCUUCUUCUUGAGCCACUCCUUUGUUGCCUUGGCCGUGUGUUUUGGGUCAUUGUCAUGCUGGAAUACCCAUCCACGACCCAUUUGCAAUGCCCUGGCUGAGGGAAGGAGGUUCUCACCCAAGAUUUGACGGUUCAUGGCCCCGUCCAUCGUCCCUUUGAUGCGGUGAAGUUGUCCUGUCUCCUUAGCAGAAAAACACCCCCAAAGCAUAAUGUUUCCACCUCCAUGUUUGAUGGUGGGGAUGGUGUUCUUGGGGUCAUAGGCAGCAUUCCUCCUCCUCCAAACACGGCGAGUUGAGUUGAUGCCAAAGAGCUCCAUUUUGGUCGCAUCUGACCACAACACUUUCACCCAGUUCUCCUCUGAAUCAUUCAGAUGUUCACUGGCAAACUUCAGACGUGCCUGUAUAUGUGCUUUCUUGAGCAGGGGGACCUUGCGGGCGCUGCAGGAUUUCAGUCCUUCACAGCGUAGUGUGUAACCAAUAGUUUUUUUGGUGACUAUGGUCCCAGCUGCCUUGAGAUCAUUGACAAGAUCCUCCUGUGUAGUUCUGGGCUGAUUCCUCACCGUUCUCAUGAUCAUUGCAAACCCACGAGGUGAGAUCUUGCAUGGAGCCCCAGGCUGAGGGAGAUUGACAGUUAUUUUGUGUUUCUUCCAUUUGCGAAUAAUCACACCAACUGUUGUCACCUUCUCACCAAGCUGCUUGGCGAUGGUCUUGUAGACCAUUCCAGCCUUGUGUAGGUCUACAAUCUUGUCCCUGACAUCCUUGGAGAGCUCUUUGGUCUUGGCCGUGGUGGAGAGUUUGGAAUCUGAUUGAUUGAUUGCUUCUGUGGACAGGUGUCUUUUAUACAGGUAACAAGCUGAGAUUAGGAGCACUCCCUUUAAGAGUGUGCUCCUAAUCUCAGCUCGUUACCUGUAUAAAAGACACCUGGGAGCCAGAAAUCUUUCUGAUUGAGAGGGGGUCAAAUACUUAUUUCCCUCAUUAAAAUGCAAAUCAAUUUAUAACAUUUUUGACAUGCAUUAUUCUGGAUUUUUUUGUUAUUCUGUCUCUCACUGUUCAAAUAAACCUACCAUUAAAAUUAUAGACAGAUCAUUUCUUUGUCAGUGGGCAAACGUACAAAAUCAGCAGGGGAUCAAAUACUUUUUUCCCUCACUGUAUAUACAGUGGGGAGAACAAGUAUUUGAUACACUGCCAAUUUUGCAGGUUUUCCUACUUACAAAGCAUGUAGAGGUCUGUAAUUUUUAUCAUAGGUACACUUCAACUGUGAGAGACGGAAUCUAAAACAAAAAUCCAGAAAAUCAUAUUUUAUGAUUUUUAAGUAAUUAAUUUGCAUUUUAUUACAUGACAUAAGUAUUUGAUCACCUACCAACCAGUAAGAAUUCCGGCUCUCACAGACCUGUUAGUUUUUCAUUACCUGUAUUAACUGCACCUGUUUGAACUCGUUACCUGUAUAAAAGACACCUGUCCACACAUUCAAUCAAACAGACUCCAACCUCUCCACAAUGGCCAAGACCAGAGAGCUUUGUAAGGACAUCAGGGAUACAAUUGUAGACCUGCACAAGGCUGGGAUGGGCUACAGGACAAUAGGCAAGCAGCUUGGUGAGAAGGCAACAACUGUUGGCACGAUUAUUAGAAAAUGGAAGAAGUUCAAGAUGACGGUCAAUCACCCUCGGUCUGGGGCUCCAUGCAAGAUCUCACCUCGUGGGGCAUCAAUGAUCAUGAGGAAGGUGAGGGAUCAGCCCAGAACUACACGGCAGGACCUGGUCAAUGACCUGAAGAGAGCUGGGACCACAGUCUCAAAGAAAACCAUUAGUAACACACUACGCCGUCAUGGAUUAAAAUCCUGCAGCGCACGCAAGGUCCCCCUGCUCAAGCCAGCGCAUGUCCAGGCCCGUCUGAAGUUUGCCAGUGACCAUCUGGAUGAUCCAGAGGAGGAAUGGGAGAAGGUCAUGUGGUCUGAUGAGACAAAAAUAGAGCUUUUUGGUCUAAACUCCACUCGCCGUGUUUGGAGGAAGAAGAAGGAUGAGUACAACCCCAAGAACACCAUCCCAACCGUGAAGCAUGGAGGUGGAAACAUCAUUCUUUGGGGAUGCUUUUCUGCAAUGGGGACAGGACGACUGCACCGUAUUGAGGGGAGGAUGGAUGGGGCCAUGUAUCGCGAGAUCUUGGCCAACAACCUCCUUCCCUCAGUAAGAGCAUUGAAGAUGUGUUGUGGCUGGGUCUUCCAGCAUGACAACGACCCGAAACACACAGCCAGGGCAACUAAGGAGUGGCUCCGUAAGAAGCAUCUCAAGGUCCUGGAGUGGCCUAGCCAGUCUCCAGACCUGAACCCAAUAGAACAUCUUUGGAGGGAGCUGAAAGUCCAUAUUUCCCAGCGACAGCCCUGAAACCUGAAGGAUCUGGAGAAGGUCUGUAUGGAGGAGUGGGCCAAAAUCCCUGCUGCAGUGUGUGAAAACCUGGUCAAGACCUACAGGAAACAUAUGAUCUCUGUAAUUGCAAACAAAGGUUUCUGUACCAAAUAUUAAGUUCUGCUUUUCUGAUGUAUCAAAUACUGAUGUCAUGCAAUAAAAUGCAAAUUAAUUACUUAGAAAUCAUACAAUGUGAUUUUCUGGAUUUCAAAUACUUGUUCUCCCCACUGUAUAUCAAAUAAUUGUGUUUGUGCGUUUUCUGGUUGGCAGCAGACAGCUUUAUCUAGCUUUACUUAGAGAUGACAGUUUAAUCACUGUGUUAAAGCUGCGAUAUGUAACUUUUUGGCCGACCCAACAAAAUUCACAUAAAUGUGAGUUAUAGUUCUGUCAUUCUCAUUGUCCACAAGUCUAAGAAACGGUAGAUCUCUGUGCUCUGUUUCUAUGCUUCCUUUUUUAAAGUUUAGUUUUUGCAUCUUUUACUUUGGGUUUUGUACACCAGCUUCAAAUAGCUGAAAAUACAAUAUUUCAAAUCAAAUUUAUUGGUCACAUACACAUGGUUAGCAGAUGUUGUGAGUGUAGCGAAAUACUUGUGCUUCUGGUUUCGACAGUGCAGCAAUAUCUAGCAAGUAAUAUCUAACAGUUCCACAACAAAAACCUAAUACACACAAAUCUAAGUAAAGGAAUGGAAUAAGAACAUAUAAAUAUAUGGAUGAGCAAUAUUUGUGGUUAUGGAAAAUAUAUUUCACAGAGGUUUAGAUGGUACAAUGAUUCUCUACACUAUACUUGCUUGUUUUGUUACAGAAACUGAAAUUAGGUGAACUAUUCAAAUUUUAGCAACCAGGAAAGGGUGGAGAGAUUUCUGCAUAGUUCAUCUUUAAGUGUAUUGCCACAAGUUGACAUCAGUGGUCAUUACUGUGUGGAUAACGCCUGAGUCAUAAUUAUGGAAUCAUCACGUAGGCCUUAUGACUGAAUGUUCAAGAAAAUUCCUGUCUAAACAGUUGAAGGACUUCAAUGAGUCCGUAAAUCUAAAUUUGACCAUCCACCUCUCAUUGUUCGGUCCACAGUGAGACGUUACCAGUGGAGUUCCUGGGUGGGAAGCAGUUGUGUAUGAACCAGUACUAUCAGAUCCUGUCCUCAUGUCGCGUCCCCGGCCUGAAGAGAGACACUGUGGUCAACCAUGCCCGUAGUUCCAGGCCUCCCACUCACAUCACUGUGGUGCACAACUUCCAGGUAAACCAAGAAAGAUCUAUGGAACGUGAAAGUGAAGUGUAGUCCAAAGGCGUUUAUUUCAUGUUUUGUCAAUGGGGUAUGUGUAAUUACAAAAAAGAAAAUGAUGCAUCUGCACACUCUGUAACUCCAAUGCAGUUGAUUGUUUAGACGUCACAGCUACUGUACACCUUGCCAAAUCAGGAUGGUGGUCAUUAUUGCACGCUACAGAAAACUGAGCAUUUCUUUUUGGACAAGGCCAAUUAGUCACACCCUGUUUCAGUCAGUUUGGUGGUUACUGAACACGACCCAAGCUGAGCAUUUUCUUCUGUCUACAAGUUGUUUGUGAAUACAUACUUUCUCUCCCGUCUCUCCUCCUCCAUCAGUUCUUUGUCCUGGAUGUGUACAACAGCAACGGCACCCCGCUGACGGUAGACCAGCUGUACAUGCAGCUGGAGAAGGUCUGGAGCUCGUCCCUGCAGACCAACAAGGAGCCCAUCGGCAUCCUCACCUCUAACCAACGCAACAGCUGGGGCAAGGCCUACAAGAACCUCAUCAAGGGUGAGGAAACAAGGAGAUUAGUUGGUGCAAAGGUAGGGAAAGGGGCCGUGUCUCAAUAUAGUGGUUUCCUCUCUUUGAAUCCUUUCACUUCAACUGUGCUGAUGUGGAAGAACUGGGUCAGAGGUGAGAACUGGAGUCAAAUUAGAUUAGAACUGGGUUAGAACUGUUACAACUGGGUUAGAACUGUUACAACUGGGUUAGGGUAAGUGUGAAUAACAAGUAGGUUGGUGUCUGUCCUUUUCUCCACCUAGAUAAGACUAACAAAGACUCUGUGCGGGCCAUCCAGAAGAGCAUCUUCACAGUGUGUCUGGAUGCUCCCAUGCCCUGUGUCUCUGACGAGCUGUACCGCAGCCGGGCCGCUGUCCAGAUGCUCUACGGUGGGGGCAGUCGCUGGAACAGUGGCAACCGCUGGUUUGACAAGACUUUGCAGGUGACGCUACACACACACACACACCGAUGCUCCACGGAGGGGGCAGUCGCUGGAACGGCAGCAACACACAUGUACAGUACACUCACUCACACAGAAUACACACAAACACACACAUACAGAAUACACACCAACACACACAUACGGAGUACACACUGUAUGUAUGUUCCCCUUCUUGAAGUAGUCUACAGGGUUUCUUCUGGAUUGAAAAGGGAUUUAGGCGGUGGGCGUCGCAGGGGGCACGGUCGGCCCGUCGGCGUAGCUACAUUUUAGAGAACAUUUUAGAGCCCCCCAUUUGGCGGUGUAGAGAUGUCUUUGUAUUUUUAUGCCAAUUCCUGCAAUUCUACACAUUAUAUUUAUAUAUACAGUGGGGAGAACAAGUAUUUGAUACACUGACGAUUUUGCAGGUUUUCCUACUUACAAAGCAUGUAGAGGUCUGUAAUUGUUAUCAUAGGUACACUUCAACUGUGAGAGACGGAAUCUAAAACAAAAAUCCAGAAAGAUCUUGCAUGGAGCCCCAGACCGAGGGUCAUCUUGAACUUCUUCCAUUUUCUAAUAAUUGCGCCAACAGUUGUUGCCUUCUCACCAAGCUGCUUGCCUAUUGUCCUGUAGCCCAUCCCAGCCUUGUGCAGGUCUACAAUUUUAUCCCUGAUGUCCUUACACAGCUCUCUGGUCUUGGCCAUUGUGGAGAGGUUGGAGUCUGUUUGAUUGAGUGUGUGGACAGGUGUCUUUUAUACAGGUAACGAGUUCAAACAGGUGCAGUUAAUACUGGUAAUGAGUGGAGAACAGGAGGGCUUCUUAAAGAAAAACUAACAGGUCUGUGAGAGCCGGAAUUCUUACUGGUUGGUAGGUGAUCAAAUACUUAUGUCAUGCAAUAAAAUGCAAAUUAAUUACUUAAAAAUCAAACAAUGUGAUUUUCUGGAUUUUUGUUUUAGAUUCUGUCUAUCACAGUUGAAGUGUACCUAUGAUAACAAUUACAGACCUCUACAUGCUUUAUAAGUAGGAAAACCUGCAAAAUCGGCAGUGUAUCAAAUACUUGUUCUCCCCACUGUAUGUUUAUUUAUAUAUAUAUAUAUAUAUAUAUAUAUAUAUAUAUAUAUAUAUACUGCUCAAAAAAAUAAAGGGAACACUAAAAUAACACAUCCUAGAUCUGAAUAAAUGAAAUAAUCUUAUUAAAUACUUUUUUCUUUACAUAGUUGAAUGUGCUGACAACAAAAUCACACAAAAAUGAUCAAUGGAAAUCAAAUGUAUCAACCCAUGGAGGUCUCGAUUUGGAGUCACCCUCAAAAUUAAAGUGGAAAACCACAUUACAGGCUGAUCCAACUUUGAUGUAAUGUCCUUUAAAACAAGUCAAAAUGAGGCUCAGUAGUGUGUGUGGCCUCCACGUGCCUGUAUGACCUCCCUACAACGCCUGGGCAUGCUCCUGAUGAGGUGGCGGAUGGUCUCCUGAGGGAUCUCCUCCCAGACCUGGACUAAAGCAUCCGCCAACUCCUGGACAGUCUGUGGUGCAACGUGGCAUUGGUGGCUGGAGCGAGACAUGAUGUCCCAGAUAUGCUCAAUUGGAUUCAGGUCUGGGGAACGGGCGGGCCAGUCCAUAGCAUCAAUGCCUUCCUCUUGCAGGAACUGCUGACACACUCCAGCCACAUGAGGUCUAGCAUUGUCUUGCAUUAGGAGGAACCCAGGGCCAACCGCACCAGCAUAUGGUCUCACAAGGGGUCUGAGGAUCUCAUCUCGGUACCUAAUGGCAGUCAGGCUACCUCUGGCGAGCACAUGGAGGGCUGUGCGGCCCCCCAAAGAAAUGCCACCCCACACCAUGACUGACCCACCGCCAAACCGGUCAUGCUGGAGGAUGUUGCAGGCAGCAGAACGUUCUCCACGGCGUCUCCAGACUCUGUCACGUCUGUCACAUGUGUUCAGUGUGAACAUGCUUUCAUCUGUGAAGAGCACAGGGCGCCAGUGGCAAAUUUGCCAAUCUUGGUGUUCUCAGGCAAAUGCCAAACGUCCUGCACGAUGUUGGGCUGUAAGCACAACCCCCACCUGUGGACGUCGGGCCCUCAUACCACCCUCAGGGAGUCUGUUUCUGACCGUCUGAGCAGACACAUGCACAUUUGUGGCCUGCUGGAGGUCAUUUUGCAGGGCUCUGGCAGUGCUCCUCCUGCUCCUCCUUGCACAAAGGCGGAGGUAGCGGUCCUGCUGCUGGGUUGUUGCCCUCCUACGGCCUCCUCCAUGUCUCCUGAUGUACUGGCCUGUCUCCUAGUAGCGCCUCCAUGCUCUGGACACUACGCUGACAGACACAGCAAACCUUCUUGCCACAGCUCGCAUUGAUGUGCCAUCCUGGAUGAGCUGCACUACCUGAGCCACUUGUGUGGGUUGUAGACUCCGUCUCAUGCUACCACUAGAGUGAAAUCACCGCCAGCAUUCAAAAGUGACCAAAACAUCAGCCAGGAAGCAUAGGAACUGAGAAGUGGUCUGUGGUCACCACCUGCAAAACCAGUCCUUUAUUGGGGGUAUCUUGCUAAUUGCCUAUAAUUUCCACCUGUUGUCUAUUCCAUUUGCACAACAGCAUGUGAAAUGUCUUGUCAAUCAGUGUUGCUUCCUAAGUGGACAGUUUGAUUUCACAGAAGUGUGAUUGACUUGGAGUUACAUUGUGUUGUUUAAGUAUUCCCUUUAUUUUUUUGAGCAGGGUGUAUAUAUAUACAGUGAGGGGAAAAAAGUAUUUGAUCCCCUGCUGAUUUUGUACUUUUGCCCACUGACAGACAUGAUCAGUCUAUACUUUUAAUGGUAGGUUUAUUUGAACAGUGAGAGACAGAAUCACAACAAAAAAAUCCAGAAAAAUGCAUGUCAAAUUUUUUAUAAAUUGAUUUGCAUUUUAAUGAGGGAAAUAAGUAUUUGACCUCUCUGCAAAACAUGACUUAGUACUUGGUGGCAAAAACCUUGUUGGCAAUCAGAGGUCAGACGUUUCUUGUAGUUGGCCACCAGGUUUGCACACAUCUCAGGAGGGAUUUUGUCCCACUCCUCUUUGCAGAUCUUCUCCAAGUCAUUAAGGUUUCGAGGCUGACGUUUGGCAACACAAACAUUCAGCUCCCUCCACAGAUUUAGGUCUGGAGACUGGCUAGGCCACUUCAGGACCUUAAUGUGCUUCUUCUUGAGCCACUCCUUUGUUGCCUUGGCCGUGUGUUUUGGGUCAUUGUCAUGCUGGAAUACCCAUCCACGACCCAUUUUCAAUGCCCUGGCUGAGGGAAGGAGCUUCUCACCCAAUAUUUGACGGUACAUGGCGCCGUCCAUCGUCCCUUUGAUGCGGUGAAGUUGUCCUGUCCCCUUAGCAGAAAAACACCCCCAAAGCAUAAUGUUUCCACCUCCAUGUUUGACUGUGGGGAUGGUGUUCUUGGGGUCAUAGGCAGCAUUCCUCCUCCUCCAAACACGGCGAGUUGAGUUGAUGCCAAAGAGCUCCAUUCUGGUCUCAUCUGACCACAACACUUUCACCCAGUUCUCCUCUGAAUCAUUCAGAUGUUCAUUGCCAAACUUCAGACGGGCCUGUAUAUGUGCUUUCUUGAGCAGGGGGACCUCGCGGGCGCUGCAGGAUUUCAGUCCUUCACGGCGUAGUGUGUUACCAAUUUUUUUCUUGGUGACUAUGGUCCCAGCUGCCUUGAGAUCAUUGACAAUAUCCUCCUGUGUAGUUCUGGGCUGAUUCCUCACCGUUCUCAUGAUCAUUGCAACUCCACGAGGUGAGAUCUUGCAUGGAGCCCCAGGCCGAGGGAGAUUGACAGUUAUUUUUUGUUUCUUCCAUUUGCGAAUAAUCGCACCAACUGCUGUCACCUUCUCACCAAGCUGCUUGGCGAUGGUCUUGUAGCACAUUCCAGCCUUGUGUAGGUCUACAAUCUUGUCCCUGACAUCCUUGGGGAACUCUUUGGUCUUGGCCAUGGUGGAGAGUUUGGAAUUUGAUUGAUUGAUUGCUUCUGUGGACAGGUGUCUUUUAUACAGGUAACAAGCUGAGAUUAGGAGCACUCCCUUUAAGAGUGUGCUCCUAAUCUCAGCUCGUUACCUGUAUGAAAGAAACCUGGGAGCCAGAAAUCUUUCUGAUUGAGAGGGGGUCAAAUACUUAUUUCCCUCAUUAAAAUGCAAAUCAAUUCAUAACAUUUGUGACAUGCGUUUUUCAGGAUUUUUUUGUUGUUAUUCUGUCUCUCAAUGUUCUAAUAAACCUACCAUUAAAAUGAUAGACUGAUCAUUUCUUUGUCAGUGGGCAAAUGUACAAAAUCAGCAGGGGAUCAAAUACUUUUUUCCCUCACUGUAUGUAUGUGUGUGUGUGUGUGUGUGUGUGUGUGUGUGUGUGUGUGUGUGUGUGUGUAUAUAUACACACGUGGUCCUCUGUAGCUCAGCUGGUAGAGCACGGUGCUUGUAACGCCAAGGUAGUGUGUUCGAUCCCCGGGACCACCCAUACACAAAAAAAUUAUUUAUGCACGCAUGACUGUAAGUCGCUUUGGAUAAAAGCGUCUGCUAAAUGGCUUAUUAUUAUUAUUAUAUGUGUGUAUGUAUGUAUGUGUGUGUGUAUAAAAAUAUACGUGUGUGUGUGUGCGUGUGUGUCUGUAUAUAUGUACACAUGCGCACACACACGAAUGCAAUGCCUUCGGAAAGUAUUCAGACCCCUUGACUUUUUCCACAUUUUGUUACGUUACAGCCUUACUCCCCUUCAAAAAAUUCCUCAUCAAUCUACACACAAUAACCCAUAAUGACAAAGCAAAAACAAAUUUUUUUGCUAUUUUAUAAUUUAAUAAACAACUCAAAUAUCACAUUUACAUAAGUAUUCAGACCCUUUACCCAGUACUUGGUUGAAGCACCUUUGGCAGCGACUACAGCCUAGAGUCUUCUUGGAUAUGAAGCUACAAGCUUGGAACACCUGUAUUUGGGUAGUUUCUCCCAUUAUUCUCUGUAGAUCCUCUCAUGCUCUGUCAGGUUGGAUGCGGAGGAUUGCUGCACAGCUAUUUUCAGGUCUCUCCAGAGAUGUUUGAUCGGGUUCAAGUCCAGGCUCAUGCUGGGCCACUCAAGGACAUUCAGAGACUUGUCCCAAAGCCACUCCUGUGUUGUCCUGGCUGUGUGCGUAGGGCCGUUGUCCUGUUGGAAGGUGAACCUUCGCCCUAGUCUUAGGUCCUGAGCGCUCUGGAGCAGGUUUUCAUCAAGGAUCUCUCUGUACUUUGCUCUGUUCAUUUCUGCCUCGAUCCUGACUAGUCUCCCAGUCCCUGCCGCUGAAAAACAUCCCCACAGCAUGAUGCUGCCACCACCAUGGUUCACCAUAGGGAUGAUGCUAGGUUUUCUCCAGCCGUGACACUUGGCAUUCAGGCCAAAGUUAAAUCUUGGUUUCAUCGGACCAGAGAAUCUUGUUUCUCAUGGUCUGAGAGUCUAUAGGUGCCUUUUGGCAAACUCCAAGCGGGCUGUCAUGUGCCUUUUUACUGAGGAGUGGCUUCCGUCUGGCCACUCUACCAUAAAGGCCUGAUUUGGUGGAGGGCUGCAGAGAUGGUUGUCCUUCUGGAAAGUUCUCCCAUCUCUGACUCCUGUGAAUUUCCCAAAUGUGGAGUUCUCGAUUUGCAUAAUUUCUGGUAGUGUGGUACUGCGUUCGCGCUCUCCCCUGAUGUCUUGUUUAAUGAUAAACUGUUGCUUAGGGCCCUGUGUAGCUCAGUUGGUAGAGCAUGGCGCUUGCAACACCAGGGUUGUGGGUUCGAUUCCCACGGGGGGCCAGUAUGAAAAAAAAUAUAUAUAUGCACUCACUAACUGUAAGUCGCUCUGGAUAAGAGCGUCUGCUAAGUGACUAAAAUUUUAAAAUUUAAAUCUCCACAGAGAAACUCUAAAGCUCUGUCAGAGUGACCAUCGGGUUCUUGGUCACCUCCCUGACCAAGGCCCUUCUCCCCCGAUUGUUCAGUUUGGCCGGGCGGCCAGCUCUAGGAAGAGUCUUGGUGGUUCCAAACUUCUUCCAUUUAAGAAUGAUGUAGGGCACUGUGUUCUUGGGGACCUUCAAUGCUGCAAAAUGUAUUUGGGACCCUUCCCCCGAUCUGUGCCUCAAAACAAUCCUGUCUCGGAGCUCUACGGACAAUUCCUUCAACCUCAUGGCUUGGUUUUUGCUGUGACAUGCACUGUCAACUGUGGGAUCUUUCAUAAACAGUUGUGUGCCUUUCCAAAUCAUGUCCAAUCAAUUUAAUUUACCACAUGGACUCCAAGUUGUAGAAACAUCUCAAGGAUGAUCAAUGGAAACAGGAUGCACCUGAGCUCAAUUUCGAGUCUCAUAGCAAAGAGUCAGAAUAUUUAUGUAAAUAAGGUGUUUCUGUUUUGAUUUUUUUUUAUAAAUUUGGUAAAAUUUAUAAAAACCAGUUUUCGCUUUGUCAUUAUGGGGUAUUGUGUGUAGAUUGCUGAUGAUUUUUUUAAUUUUUUACAUCCAUUUUAGAAUAAGGCUGUAACGUAGCAAAAUUUGGAAAAAGUCAAGGGGUCUGAAUACUUUCCGAAGGCAUUGUGUGUGUGUGUGUGUGUGUGUGUGUGUGUGUGUGUGUGUGUGUGUGUGUGUGUGUGUGUGUGUGUGUGUGUGUAUAUUAACAGGUGUGCCUUGUUAAAGGUUAAUUUGUGCUAUUUCUUUCCUUAAUGCGUUUGAGCCAAACAGUUGUGUUGUGACAAGGUAGGGGUGGUAUACAGAAGAUAGCCCUAUUUGGUAAAAGACCAAGUCCAUAUUAUGGCAAGAACAGCUCAAAUAAGCAAAGAAACGACAGUCCGUCAUUAUUUUAAGACAUGAAGGUCAGUAAAUCCUGAAAAUUUCAAGGACUUUGAAAGUUUCUUGAAGUGCGGUCAAGCCAUCAAGCGCUAUGAUGAAACUGGCUCUCAUGAGGACCGCAACAGGAAAGGAAGACCCAGAGUUACCUCUGCUUCAUUAGAGUUAACUGCACCUCAGAUUGUUGCCCAAAUAAAUGCUUUAGAGUUCAAGUAACAGACACAUCUAUACAUCAACUGUUCAGAGGAGACUGUGUGAAUCAGGCCUUCAUGGUCGAAUUGCUGUAAAGAAACCACUACUAAAGGACACCAAUAAGAAGAAGACACUUGGUUUGAUGAGUACAAAUGUGAGAUUUUUGGUUCCAACCGCUGUGUCUUUGUGAGACACAGAGUAGGUGAACGGAUGCUCUCCGCAUGUGUGGUUCCCACCGUGAAGCAUGGCGGAGGUGGUCUGGGGGUGCUUUGCUGGUGACAGUCAGUGAUUUAUUUAGAAUUCAAGGCACACUUAACCAGCAUGGCUACCACAGCAUUCUGCAGCGAUACGCCAUCCCAUCUGGUUUGCACUUAGUGGGACUAUCAUUUGUUUUUCAACAGGACAAUGACCCAAAACACACCUCCAGGCUAUUUGACCAAGGAGAGUGAUGGAGUGCUGCAUCAGAUGACCUGGCCUCCACAAUCACCCGACCUCAACCCAAUUGAGAUAGUUUGGGAUUAGUCGGACGGCAGAGUGAAGGAAAAACAGCCAACAAGUGCUCAGCAUAUGUGGGAACUCCUUCAAGAAUGUUGGAAAAGCAUUCCUCAUGAAGCUGGUUGAGAGAAUGCCAAGUGUGCAACGCUGUCAUCAAUAAUAUAACAAUAAUAAUAUGCCAUUUAGCAGACGCUUUUAUCCAAAGCGACUUACAGUCAUGCGUGCAUACAUUUUUUGUGUAUGGGUGGUCCCGGGGAUCGAACCCACUACCUUGGCGUUACAAGCGCCAUGCUCUACCAGCUGAGCUACAGAGGACCACAAGGCAAAAGGGUGGCUACUUUGAAGAAUCUAAAAUAUAUUUUGAUUUCUUUAACACUUUUUUGGGUUACUACAUGAUUCCAUAUGUGUUAUUUCAUAGUUUUGAUGUCUUUACUAUUAUUCUACAAUGUAGAUUUUUUUUUUUUUUUUUUUACUUAUUCUACCCGAAAAAACGCUCCCAAUGAUUUCAAUGACAAAAAAAUCCUUGAGUCUGUGUUGUCAAGUGGUCUUGACUUUUCGUGUUUCCCUUGUUUCCAGUUCAUCAUUGGAGAGGACGGGUCAUGUGGUCUUAUGUAUGAGCACGCCCCUGCCGAAGGCCCGCCUAUCGUGUCCUUGAUUGACCACGUCGUCGAGUACACGUAAGUACACCACUGUUGGGUCAUCUCAUUCAUUUACUCAACACAGUCUCUUCAAACACUCGCUCAUUCCUGUUGUGCUGGCGUAGAGCAGCAACAAAUUAGAUCUGCUUCUGUCAAUCUUUGGUCAACUCUACUUCAGACAAGUAAAAUCAUUUAUUGACGUCAAUGGAAGAUUUGUGGGAAAUUAUGAUCUGCGCCAUCGUGUCUGCCGGUCUAAUUCCCUUAAUAAGUACCAUGACCUGAGGGUUUCCUGUCAUGUUUGUGACCUACCAGGAAGAAGUCUGAGAUGGUGCGUACCCCCAUGGUCCCCCUGCCGAUGCCUCAGAAACUACGCUUUAACAUCACGCCAGAGAUCAAGGACAUUGAGAAGGCCAAGCAGAACAUGAACAUGUGAGAGUGUAGAUAUACAGUACAUAGAAAUGUGAAUGUUCUAUGUGUGAGAGCUACAUGCUACAUACCAGAGGAGGCUGGUGGUAGGAGCUAUAGGAGGAUGCGCUCAUUGUAAUGGCUGGAAUGGAAUUAUGGAACGGUAUCAAAAAUAUGGUAAACUCACGUUUGACUCUGUUCCAUUCAUUCCAUUCUAACCAUUACAAUGAGCCUGUCCUCCUACAGCUCCUCCCACCAGCCUCCUCUGCUACAUACAUGACGUGUAGCAAUGGUGGUCACCUGCCUUGGUCCUGGAGGGCUACAGGUGGUCCCGGCUUUUGUUCCAGCCCAGCGCUAACACACCUGAAUCAACUAGUCUUAUUUUCAAGACCUUGGUUAAAUAUUAUACAGGCCUAUGGAUAUAUUUCUGAAAAAUAGUUUGGAUGUAUUCAAUUAUGAAUGAAUAUAUUUGUAUAGGCCUACCCUGUAAUAUUCUGCGUUUUGACAUCUACCCCCCAGAAUGGUGCAUGACCUGGAUGUCAAAGUCAUUGUCUUCUCCCACUUUGGGAAGAAUGUCCCCAAGACCCACAAGAUGAGCCCCGAUGCCUUCAUCCAGAUGGGACUACAGCUGGCCUACUACAGGUGAGUAUACACACUAUGUUAAUGACAUUUCUGUUCUCAUUUCAGUUACACUGCAGAUAGUUUUGCGUAGCCAUACCUCCAAAAUCAUGUUGUUGUCACGCCUCCCUUCGAGGUCUGGAGAAUUUUGUAUUAGUCAAAACGGUUUGAAAGACCCCUCCCCCACAUGCCCGUUGGUGCUCACUGGUGGGACUACGUUUUAUGUUAUCACUGUUUUUAGACUGGGUAGGACACAUUUUGCGGAGUUGUUCCGUAUGCUAGUUUGCAACAUUGCAGGAAAUGGAAGAAACCCUGGAGGAAAAGCUGAAUUGUGUUUUGCCAGAAGUGUGUUCUAUACACACAAUCUGCAUUGAUCGACAUAUUUUGUUGAAGUUUUAAUCAGUGAUUUCCCGGCCAUCCUCACAAACUGUUGCACGUACGACACUAAUCUAGUGAGCACCUUUGGAGUGCUGCCAAAGCAAGGCCUUUGAUUGGUUUGACGUGUUGCGAGGUGUCACUGAUUUACAGCAGGGUCCCACCCCUAUUUAGCAAUCUUUCUACCAUGAACUUCCCUAGGCUUCACGUUUAGGGAAGCCUGGUUUUUGACGAGGAUACACUGCAAAGAACUAUGUCUGCAUUGUUUGACAAUGACCAGUUGAGGGCACCAGAGAGCAAAAUAUUCCCUAACCUAACUCAUACCAGCCUUAAAUUGUACCAAUGCAAUACAACUGGGAUCUCUCUCUCUCUCAGGAUGUAUCAGCGGUGCUGUGCCACCUAUGAGAGCGCGUCCCUGCGUAUGUUCAAGCUGGGUCGCACCGACACCAUCCGCUCCUGCUCCAUCGACUCUGCUAACUUUGUCAAGGCCAUGGACGACCCAGACAAACAGAAGAUGGAAAAAGUGACCCUACUGGAGAAAGCUGUGAAAGCCCACAGGGCAUACACUGACAUGGUGAGUGAGCGCUGCACAGUCUAAUAGAAAGGAUAGAUACCCGCACAACAGGCUUGGGGUCAAUUCCAUUUAGAUUCCAGACAAUUCAGAAAGUAAACCAAAUUCCAAUUCCAAAUGUUCAUAAUUGAAAAGCACUGAGGAGAAUUGAAAUGGAAUUGACCCCAACCCUGCCGCACACUGUCGAAAACAUAAAAAAUCCAAAGCUGAGGCUCAGAUGCAAACAUAUUAUAUAUAUUAUUAUGUUAUCCACUAGGACAUGAUGCCCCAAAAUGUGCACAGUGCAAUAAGGUGCAUAAGUAAACAUGAUAAGACAAAUGUUUUGGUUUACUCAACCUUCAUCAGUGACAGAGUACUGCAGUCACUAGUGCUUAGCGAUUAACCUAAAUGUUGGUUAUUUUUCUUUUUUUAAACAUCUAAUUGACAUGUCGGUUCAAUUAUUUGAAUUCCAUUUUGUUCAUUAUUUUUCUGUGAGCUCAAUGCACACAUCACACUGUAGGGAGGCCAAUAUUCUACAUAGUUUAGCACAGAAAACAUUGUAAUUAACUACAAUGACCAUAAUCCAUUGCGCACCCGCCUGCUCCUACGGUCUAUGUGGAGCUUAUUAUACCUCAGUGGUCUGGAGCAGACACGGAGAGAAGAGAGAACGCGCGAUCGAGAGGUAUAGAAAGCAGCUGCUUCGCGAGGUAUCUCUACCUGAAAAUACAUGAUCUAAGUGAUUGAUAGUUGGUAUUCAGCUAUCAUAAAAGUAUUCCUUAUUUACUUUGAAGAACUACAAAAUAGUGGUUUUGUCAGACCGCAUAGUCAGCAGCUCUAUAGAGAUGAGAUGAUGACUUAAUGAAAUAAUUAAGUCAUCAAAUAAAACCAAUGUAAUAUACACAACAACUGAAAUAUCUUAUUAAAGUAAUGUGAAUAAAUGAUGGUUAAUAAGUGAUAAGCAGUAAUGGACAGUCACUACCAUCAUUUUAUUAAUUGUUUUAUUCUGUGUUGUUACAGCAUUCAAUCCGCAUAGUGCAUUUAAUGUAAAAAAAAAAAAAAAGACUAACCAAAAUCAAAAAACGUGAUUAUUUUUUAAGAACCGAACCGACCUCAAAAAGCACUAAUCGCUCAGCACUAGUAGUCACGCAUGCUAAAAUACAUUUCAAAAGGUUUGAAGUGCACCAGUCAACUGUUUUUUUGCCCAGUGUGUUUGGAUCAAUGAUAUAGCCUAAACACAUAAUCAAUAUGUAUGUCUAUGGUUUGGCUGUGUCCAGGCGAUCCAUGGCCAGGCCAUAGACCGACACCUUCUGGGGCUGAAGCUGCAGGCCAUCGAAGACCUGACCUCCAUGCCUGAGAUCUUCAUGGACACCUCGUAUGCUGUGGCCAACCACUACAACCUCUCCACUAGCCAGGUAAAUAGCUAGCUAACGGGACAUGGGCCUUUUCAUUGUCGCUCAUUGUUGUUUUCCGACCUGGCAACUGUGCCGUGACUUAGUACUGAAGUACAGCUUGCUUGCGUCUGUCUGCCAAGCUUAACAAUUAACUAUUGAGCUAAUGUUGUCAGUGGCCGACACUUAGGGUCAGCCAAGUGUCAGCUUGGUUAGCCCAUUUUUAUACCUACACUAGCAAACUUAGUCAUUAGUAGUUAGCUACUUAGGGAUCUAGCUACUGAUUCUACUUAGGGGGUCUAGCUACUGAUUCUACUUAGGGGGUCUAGCUACUGAUUCUACUUAGGGGGUCUAGCUAAUGAGGCUACUUAGGGGGUCUAGCUAAUGAGGCUACUUAGGGGGUCUAGCUAAUGAGGCUACUUAGGGGGUCUAGCUACUGAUUCUACUUAGGGGGUCUAGCUAAUGAGGCUACUUAGGGGGUCUAGCUACUGAUUCUACUUAGGGGGUCUAGCUAAUGAGGCUACUUAGGGGGUCUAGCUAAUGAGGCUACUUAGGGGGUCUAGCUUAUGAGGCUACUUAGGGGGUCUAGCUAAUGAUUCUACUUAGGGGGUCUAGCUAAUGCACAUACUGUAAGGAGUAAGCUUUCCCGCCUCCCCCCCCCCUUUCCCCCCCCCCCCCCCAAAGGUGCCAGCCAAGACGGACUGCGUGAUGUGCUUCGGGCCCGUGGCACCCGACGGCUAUGGUGUGUGCUACAACCCCAUGGCAGAACACAUCAACUUUGCCGUGUCGGCGUUCAACAGCUGCAACGAGACCAAUGCGGCCCACAUGGCCCAGAGGCUGGAGGAGGCCCUGCUGGACAUGUGGAGCCUGCUGGAGAGCACCCCCAAGGCCAAGCUGUGAGAAGCAAACCGAGCUAGACCUAGUUCAGGGUGAGACUAGGCUUGGCUGAACACUGCUUCAGACUUCGGCUACCACAGACUGUCUGUUACAAGACAGCUUAAGACCGCUUCAGAUCUGGUCCCAGGCCUAGGUCACCAUCGACCGCUCGCCUCAGACCUGGUUCAGGGCCAGGCCACCACAAACUGAUACAAGAUCGCUUAAGACCGCUUCAGACCAGAUGCAGGUGUGCUAGCGCUAGUACAUGGUCACCAUUGUCAAUCGUUACAGUUGAAGUUUGGUGUACAACAUCAGUUUGAUGGUGUGUUGUUUUUUAUAUGACAGAUUGAACGAUUUAUUGACUGCAAUAUUAAGAUUAUUGAAUUCACGUUUAUUGUUCAUCAUCAAAAAAAGAAAAAUCAGGUUUACUUGUACAGAUCGAAUCAUAUUCUUUGUAUUGCAAUCAUCAUUGUGGAAGAGCCUGUGGCAAAACAAUAGCCUGGUCCCAGAUUUGUUUCUGCACAAGACCAUAGGUGUUGGAUCACUAAAGAAGAGAUUGAAUCAUUAUGGCUGUGUUUAAAUUGAGAACAGUUUGAUGAGAUUGUAGCAAAUACAGUGCAUGUUAUUUGGGAGAGCAGGUGUGUGAGUGGGAUGCUGGAACUUUGUACCUGCCUUGCCUUCUGGGAUUUCCUUUUUUUUUUUACACUCUUAUUGUGUAAAUUCCAGUGUUUUGGGAAGCUACUCAGAAAAUAGAGUUUACCAAGCUACCAAUUACAUCACACUGGAAGAAGGUAAGCUACACUAAAGCUACCCUUAAGAAAGCAAUAGUUUACUUAACUAAAAUUACUUUGAAAAAGUAGUUCACUA